AUGGACUUAGAACAAUUUAAUAUUGGCAUACAAAGAGUAGAAGUGAAAGAUGAAAAAGUAUAUUACAUUAUUUUAGUUGAAUACAAAGACCUGAAAUAUGAAAUAAGUAGAAGGUAUAGCGAAUUUGAAGAAUUACAUUGCGAAUUAUUACAUUUUGGAUUUUCAGCAUUACCAAAUUUACCAAAAAGAAAAUUGAUGUCUUAUAAAAAUGACGAGUAUAUAAACUAUAGAAAAAGAGUUUUGCAUUCUUAUAUACAGAAUUUAUUUGUUAGACCGGACAUUAGAUGUUGUGCACUAUUUUUGAAUUUUAUUUUGUUUUAUGACAAGAUUAAUUUAUCAGUGGAAAUAGUAAGAACGAAAUUGUUAAAUAGUAUAGGUUCACAAAGAUUUUCGUUAAGUGAUUUAUAUAUUAAUGAAGAACAUAAUUUUAUGAUUUGCGUGUAUGAAGACAAAAGUAAUCUAAGUAAAUUAGGAAAAUUAUGGUCUAUAAUUGAACCUGAUAUGGUUGGAGAGAUUAAAAUAUUUUCUUAUAAUAAUGAUCUUACCUCUACUUUUAUUGAAACAUAUAGAGAACAAACAGUUUACAAAGCGAGGAACAUUAUAUGCUCAGAAAAUAAAAAUGAAGCUAUUAUUUCAGGAGAUGAUGGGAAAAUACAUAUAUACAAAAUAGAUACACAUUUAUUAACAUUAACUUAUAUAAAAUAUAUCUUCUGUCAUAAUGAUACUAUACUAAAGAUGAUGUUAAUAAAUGAUAAAGUUUUUUGUACAUGCGGAUAUGAUAAUGCAUUUAGGUUAAUAAAUUUAGAGGAUUAUAAAAUUUUAAGUGGAGGAAGAUGUAACAAAAGAUUAGAUAAUGAUAAAAUUACUACUUGUCAUUUAUUAGAAUAUAACAAUAUUGUUAUUGGUACAAGUUGUUCCUUAUUUUUUGUGUAUAACAUGACUACUAACCCUCCUAUUUAUUUAGAUACUAAGGAACUAAAAAAUGGGGAAAUAAUUAGUUGCUUUACUAAUACAGAUAAAUAUUUAUUCAUUGGAUAUGACAAUAUUAUUGCAUGCUAUAAUUAUCGUUACAGUAAUGAUGCAAAAAGCGCAAAGAAUAAUAAUAUACAAAAUUCUAUGUCCACCAACAUAAGUAACGUUUCAUUGAACAGAUGUGAUAACAAAAAUAGUAGUAGUAAUUUUAAUAAUUAUCCAAUUUAUGAUCAUUCAGAUGAAUAUCCAUUGGACACGUACAACAAUAAAGUAAAGCGAAACAUGUUUAACAAGUUGACCGAUCGAACUGAUACGCCUUCCUCAAGAAGCUUGAAUAAAGAAAACCAAGAGAAUGUAAUAAAAUUAAUUAUUGACAAUAAUAUGUCAGCACAAUAUGUUCCCCCGUUAUUUUACGACAAUGCAGUGUUGUCUAUGAGUGUUGAUAAGGAUAAAAAAAUUCUAUAUGCAGGAUACGAAGAUGCUAUUGUUAUUUGGUCAAUAAUAAAUGGUUUAAUUAUCUCAUCCUUUCAUGGUCAUACAAAUGGAGUUCACUAUUUAAAAUUUCUGAACAGUUCAGGUUUUUUACUGUCAGGUGGAAAUGGAGGAAAUUUAAAGAUAUGGAAAAAUGAUUUAGACAGUUUUAAAAUAUGGAAAAUUAAAAAUAAUUAUAAAGUGAAGAAUGGGAAAAAGAAAGAUGGGGAAUGUAGUUAUAAUAUGGCAGAUGGAAAUACUUUCAAUUUUAACGAAAGUGACAACAGCGAUCAGGAAUGCAAAGGUAGUGUACAAAGUGAAUCCAUGUCCAUAGAUAAUUUAUUAGAAGAAUCCAAUAAAAAACAUAAUUAUAAAUUUUGUGAUACCACGAAAUAUAAAAAAAAUUUUCUUAAUUACAAUGAGUCAACAAUUGUAACCAGUACCAAAUCUUCAAGGAGUAAUAUUUUUUAUGAUAAAAGUGUAAUAACGAAUGAACCUCAUGAAUUUUCCUCACAUACGAGUAAUUUAGACGUUUGUGUUAUUUCGAAUAAAAAUGAGAAAAGACAAGCUAGUAAUUAUGAGUACAGUGUAGAUCUCGAUUUUGAUAAAAGGAUGAAUUCUCCUGAUAUCCCAUAUUGCGGUUAUGAUUCCAGCCGAAAUAUUUUUUGUGAAAGUAUAUCAGAUAAAAAUAUGAAGGAUAAUAAUAUAUCGACCGAAAAUGUAAAUCAAGGCUAUGAACCGAAUUAUACGCAAGAUAGAUCUAACAACGUGUAUAUAAAUAAUUGUAGUAACAAUAUUCAUAAAAACUACAUAUAUGAAAAGGAUCUUAAUGCAUAUAUGUCUUAUGGAACUGAUUCACAUGAGAUUAACAAUAACUACUCCACACCCCACGAGGUGCACAACAGUUCGCGCGUCGAUAAGGUUAAUUCUUUUCAAAUUAACGAUAUGAAUGAUGUAAAUCAUAUCAGUGAUAUGAAUAAUAUGAAUGACAUCAAUAAUUUUAGUGAUAUAAAUCAUGUGAAUGGCAAAAAUAAUAUGAAUGAAUUAUAUGAUGUGAAUGACAUAAAUAAUAUGAAUGACAUAAAUAAUAUGAAUGACAUAAAUGAUGUGAAUGAAAAGGAUCACUCUGGUAAUGCAAAAAACAAUAUUGUUUAUGUUAGUGAUGAAGACGAUGAUUUAAUUUCAGCUUUUAGAUAA